CCGUCCCACACCAUAUCCGACUCCUCCCCAACCGCAGCUGUUGUAAAGAUGGCGUCCAUCAUGGAGGGGCCGCUUAGCAAGUGGACUAACGUCAUGAAAGGCUGGCAGUAUCGCUGGUUUGUUUUGGACUACAACGCCGGCCUGCUUUCCUACUACACGUCCAAGGACAAGAUGAUGCGAGGAUCCAGAAGAGGCUGUGUGCGUCUCAGGGGAGCUGUUAUCGGCAUCGAUGACGAGGACGACAGCACAUUCACCAUCACUGUGGACCAGAAGACUUUCCAUUUCCAAGCCCGAGAUGCAGACGAGCGGGAGAAGUGGAUCCACGCCUUAGAGGGAACCAUCCUCCGUCACACCCUUCAGCUCCGGGAGGCCGAGACAGGAUUUGUUCCAAGUGUCCAAGAUUUUGACAAGAAGCUAGCUGAAGCUGACGCCUACCUACAGAUUCUGAUUGACCAGUUAAAGCUGUUUGAUGAGAAGAUCAAGGACUGCAAAGAGGAUGAAUCACGCAGAAAAAUUGAAAAUUUGAAAGAGACUACUUGUAGUAUGGUAGAGUCCAUCAAGCACUGUAUUGUACUUCUGCAAAUUGCCAAGGACCAAAGUAACGAACAGCAACACGCAAACGGACUUAUAAGCACCAUUAACCCAGUGGAUGGGAUCUACCAGCCCUCUCUGGACACUCCUGUAGUUAACACCACGAUGCCAACACAGACCACACUACCCACAGACGCUUCUCAGGUGUGUAAAUCAGACCAACGACCCUCAACGUUACCGGUUGGUCCCGUCGUCACGGUGAUGGGCAGUCUGCAGACCCCAACUCCCAACAGCACAGGGAGUGGCCCGUCAGGCCCCAGCAGCGGCGUCGCCUCCCCGGCUCACAUCCCCCUCCCAUCGCACUCGGUGCCAGACUUCUCCUACUCAUCCAGCGAGGAUGAGUUCUACGACGCUGACGAGUUCUACCAGAGCAGCACUUCCCCCAAACACUGCUUAGAUCCUUCAGGGCCACCAGCGGCCUCUCCCCUCACUGAUGAAGAAACAGCGUUGAAACGACCAGACACCACCGAGUCCCUCAACUCGUCCAUGUCCAAUGGCACCACAGAUGCAGACCCGUUUGAUAGCCACGAUGACCGCGAUGAUGACGGCGAGGGGGAGUCUGUGGAGGAGCACAAGAGCGUCAUCAUGCAUCUGCUCUCUCAAGUCCGUUUGGGCAUGGACCUCACGAAGGUGGUCCUGCCUACCUUCAUCCUAGAAAGGAGAUCUUUGUUAGAAAUGUACGCAGACUUCUUUGCACAUCCCGACUUAUUUGUAAGUAUCGCUGAGCAGCCAGAGCCCCGGGAGCGCAUGGUUCAUGUGGUAAAAUGGUACCUGUCAGCCUUCCAUGCAGGGAGGAAAGGCUCAGUGGCCAAGAAACCUUACAACCCAAUCCUGGGAGAAGUCUUCUAUUGCCACUGGGAUCUGCCCAGCGAGACAGAGGAGCCUCUCCCACAUACGGAGACAGUAUCAGACGGCCCAGUUCCCUGGUCUUCAUCCAACAGUGUGUGUUUUGUGGCAGAGCAGGUCUCUCACCACCCGCCUAUUUCUGCAUUCUACGCAGAGUGUUUAAGUAGGAAGAUCCAGUUCAAUGCUCACAUCUGGACCAAGUCUAAGUUCCUAGGCAUGUCCAUAGGUGUUCACAAUAUUGGCCAAGGCUGUGUGUCAUGUUUGGAACAUGAUGAACAUUACAUCCUCACCUUCCCAAAUGGAUACGGCAGGUCGAUUCUGACUGUGCCGUGGGUGGAGCUGGGUGGGGAGUGCAACAUCUCAUGCUCCAAGUCGGGCUACAGUGCUAACAUCGUGUUCCACACCAAACCGUUCUACGGAGGCAAGAAGCACCGGAUCACAGCUGAGAUUUUUGCACCUAAUGAUAAGAAGUCGUUCUGCUCUAUUGAAGGGGAAUGGAACGGGGUGAUGUAUGCAAAGUGGGCAACUGGAGAGAACACAGUCUUCAUAGACACUAAGAGGUUGGGUAUCAUUAAGAAGAAAGUGAGGAAGCUGGAAGACCAGCUGGACUACGAGUCCCGAAGACUAUGGAGAGAUGUGACGCUCAACCUGAAGCUGAAAGACAUUGACGCAGCAACAGAAGCCAAACACCGGUUGGAGGAGAAACAGAGAGCCGAAGCCAGAGAGAGAAAGGAGAACGAGCAGCAGUGGGAGACCAGGCUAUUCCACGAGGACGGGGAGUGCUGGGUCUACGACGAGCCUCUAUUAAAGAGAUUCGCCUCUCAGAGGCACUGAGAAGACUACGCACACUCUGAUACACACACAUACAUAUGCAUAAGGAAAUGCACACACGACAGAGUCUUCAUAAGAACUCUUUUGCAAAAAAACACUUCUUAUCCAAGCCUUGGAAUGACUGAUGAUUGAAUAUGUACACAGCUUUGCAUUUGACUGUAAAACCAUAUGGAAAUGAAUGAAAUCAAAUGGAAAAGCAUCUAAGAUGUAACAUGAAAAUUAGUAAAAGCUCGUCUCCUUAUUUGGGCAAUCUCACUUCCACCGCCACCGAUACCCACCAACCGCCAACAUGAGACUCUGCAGCGCAGAGUGGAGACAGGUGUCAUCGCCUCUCAACUUUGCCCGUCAGCUUCGAGAGCAAGACCACACCCUUCAUCAGCUCCACAGGACGAGCCAGAGCAGCACUCGUUUCCCUACACACAUGGGUAUUUUUUGGGGGGGGCAAAGGGUGUGUGGUUGAUGGUGUUCAAAUCAAAUAAACCUUGACAAAUAAAACAGCGCUCUAUAUCUCAGGGAAUCUGGUGACUGAGGAAAGAAAGCUGCUGCCCCCUCCAAGAGUCUGACAGCCUUUUAACGGUGGAACGGAUUAAUCUUAAAGGGGCGGGGGAGAAACUCUCUGCUUGCCUGCAACUAGUUAUAACUGUUGUUUAUAUAUAGAUAUACAUAUGAUGGAUAUAUAAAUAUAUAUUCUUUUUUAUUUUUAAUGCUCUUUUUGUUUAUUUUUCUUUCUGGCAAUAGUGUAAAAAUAUUUGAGGAUAUGAAAUUGAUGGCUUUACAUCUUUAGGAAUCAUUCCAUUAACACUUUUUUGAUGUUCUGUUCCCAAUUUCAGUUAACUUGCCACCUAUUUGGUCCUUCACACUGUUUUCUGUCUCAAGUGUUAUCCAGAAGCAAAGUCCUACUUAAGCCAUAGCAUCUGAACACACUGAUUGGGAGUAGUGAUAGAUUUAUGGAAUAUAUGCAAUAUAGAGAUAAUUCACAAUGUCUGUUAGCGGACAGAUUUAGACGUCUUUUAUGCCAAAAAGGUUUAGAGAAAAGGCUAAAGGGACUUUCAUCUGGACAGAGAACAAACAGUCCUCUGAAUAUGUUUCCAUGUUACCUGAAGGCAUUUUUUUGAACAAAUGAUUGUUUACAUAUUUUUGUCUUUCUGGACAGCUGGUCCACGGUGAGGAUGUAAGAGGAGGGACUCAGUCUGUAAAAUUUCCCUUUUGUUCCGCACAUCAUCCUCUCCAAACCCACUGACGCCAGAGUGAACCACCUUAACGUUCACUCUUGUGUUGUCAGAGGGCGCGAAGAAAGUAAAACGACGAGGAACCAGAGUAGACUUCUGAAAAAUUGCUGCUGUUUCAUAGCGCUGCUUGAGUCCAGACUGUGUUCUGUUGGUUCAGUUUUCUUGUAUUUUUUUUUUUUUUUUGUCCAGUGAUUUUUUUUUUCCCCCCAAGAUAAGAACCACAUAGAGGGCAAUAUUUAUCCUACUGUACACCUCUGCUUUUUUGAACCAUCAUUCAUUCUCUUAUUUACAGCUACAUAGGUUGGAUCUAAAUGCAAUGAUAUUUGGAUGAGAUACAAAAAUAAACAAUUUUCACCUGAAAAUGCCCCAGAAUAUCUCUUAAUGCUGUAGUGAGCUCACAACACAGCCGCGUGUUAUCUUUGGUGGUUAAGAUUUAUCCUCUCUUCAAGAUAUUUGGCUCGUAUGAAAAGUUUUUGGAUAGAUAUGAGUGAAUAGUAUAGUACCCUUUAAAUAUUAAGACCUUAUAAAAUCUUGAAAUUGAUAAACCUCAACAUCCAGUAACACUUGGUGAAGAUCAGACAGAUGCCUUUAGAAACAAGCCAACUGAAAUCCAGAAUCUGAGCUAAAUUUGAAGCUAUUACUUUGUUUUUUCCUCCAUGUUAUGUCUCUGUAAAGAUAUUUUCUAAGUGAGGCCUUGCCAUACAUUUCAGUAUCACUCACCUAAUAGAGAGCAAUUAAAACAAAUGUAUUUUUUAUUUCAUUCUGAUCAUAACCAUUGAUUGUACCAGAUUUUCCUGUUUAUUGAUGCAUAAUAUUAAAUCUCCAUGAGUUUA